AUGAGCAUCAAGAAAAUAAUUAAAAUAUUUCGCCGAGAAGGUUCGAAAGGAGGGUCAAGAGUGGAAGGAGAGCUUGUCAACGAUGUUUCCGGAGAUGAACUUGUAGAGGGGUCGUUAGAAAGUGCUAUCACGGACAGUAGUGUACGCAAGGUACCCGACCAAACAUUGCUCACGCUUAAAGUGCGUGAUUUACAUUUACCUGCAGAACCAUGUUUACCCGCAUCUGAACAUUUAGAUAAAAACCAACCUCAGUCAAAAUUUAGUAGGGACGUACCAGUACAACAACGCCAACAACAAGUAGCGUCUUUCCGCCGGAGCAGAGUACUUACUUCCCUAACCACUAACCAAUUCUCAAGCUUAGCAACUGAAGAGGAUGGCUUACCUGCAGCAUUUAGUCCAAGAGCCCGGCGCAUGUCAUGCCCAAGUGUAUCUUCGCCUGAAGUUGGGCGUCUACAUGCACCUACUAGUACUCUUUCAACAAAAAAUAAGUUGCCGAUAGUUCGACCCAGAUCAAUAAUACGUCCUACGGCAAGGGCUUUGCCCACUCCGAGUUUAGCUCGACAACGAAGUCCUUCUCUCAUAGCAGAUGAUUCAGAUAUACAGGCACAUAUGGAGCAAUACAUAUCGGAGCCUCCCGUGUCCGAUCGAAGUCCACCGCAAUCGAAAGUCUUGGGCAACUCGUCAAUUGACGAAUUCAAACCACGCCGCUCGACCGGCAGGCGUCUGUCAUGCCCAAAUGUGGACGUUUCACACUUCUACAAUCCCGAUGUGCCGGCAGUUGAAUCUCCGAUUUUAAGUCCUUUGAUCAAACACCGAGAUGGGAUAUCUAAAACACCUGGAAUACCAAUUUCACCGAGCUCCACUGCAAACGACACGUACACAGGAGACAAAACGGAAGCCUCCUUCUACGUGGCGAAAGCUCUCGGAAUAUGGCCGUCGACCGACUUGUCCAAUUAA